ACACAUACGCAUAGGCGCAUGUGGCCGUGAAGCUCGCGCAUGCCCGCGAGAGCCGACGGCAGCGCCCUCGGACGAAGCUCCCUCUUGCAGAGAGCUUUCGAAAAUUUUCGUUUUCGCCCGUCAGUCAGUCGCGCUAAGAUGGACGGUGGUGGAGCUUACGGCGGCGGUAAGGCUGGAGCCCCGUUCGACCCGAUUACUUUCGUGCAGAGGCCGCAGGUCAUCCUCAGGGCAGUAUGUUUGCUUUUCUCCAUCAUUGUCUUUGGGUGUAUAAGCAGCAAAGGAUACUAUCCAGACAAAGAUGGAAAAGAAAUCUGUGUAUAUAAUAAAGAUACGAAUGCAUGUAACUAUGGCACAGGAAUUGGUGUCAUUGCCUUCCUGGCAAGUAUUGGCUUUUUAGCUGGUGAAUACUUGUUCGAACAAAUGUCCUCCGUCAAGACUCGAAAGCAUUAUGUUCUUGGUGAUCUUGGCUUCUCUGGGUUCUGGGCAUUCUUGUAUUUUGUGGGAUUCUGCUACCUGACCAAUGCCUGGAACUCGAGUGAGAGACCACCUGGUGGCGUUGGUGUUAAUAAUGCACAAGGAGCUAUUGCAUUCUGCUUCUUUUCUAUCUUCUCCUGGGCGGGCUGCGCAUGGUUCGCAUUCCAAAGAUUUAAGCAGGGCACAGAAGCAGCGUUCGCACCAAGCUACGAGGCAGAUCCUACCGGAGGACAAGGGUACACGAGUUACCCAGACGCUACUGAUGCUGCUUACCAAGAACCUCCGUUCGCUCAACAACAACAAAGAGGUAUGGGUGACUUCCAAGCUCCAGCUUAUUAAAGUCAUCCAUAGUCGUUAUAAAAUAUGUAUAUUCCAAGGCCACUGCAGCAGCGAACUAAUAAUGAUAGGAGUUUAUUUAUUACUUAUUGUUAUCUUGCGUUUUAAAACAAACUGCAACACAAAUCUCAUACUGUCGCGUAUCGUGAUCUGAAAAAAGUUUAAGCAUUUUACAUAAACUCGCUUGUUUUCUGCCAAUAUACCUUCCAUCGAAUAAUAUAUAUAUAUAUAUAUAUAUAUAUAUAUAUAUAUAUAUAUAUAUAUAAACUCUAUGGUUAAGUCCUUGCAAAGAUUACCUUUUGUCCAUCAAAUAAAUUCGCUUAUCAAUUAUUUACGCGUGUGCUUUUGUUUACAUUACAUUAUCAAGAUGUACGAGUUAAUUUGUGAUAUAUAAUUAUUCAUUUGUUACAAAUUAUUUUUACAAACUUGUAAAAAUGUAACAAAAGGUGAUCGUACUUGGUUACAAUGCAUAUAAUUAGCUGAAGUUAAAGGCCUCAAAAAAGAGCUUGUUUGCUCGUAGAAGUGAAUUACUCCUGUCGCUGAUAGAUCGCUAUCAUUAUUGGUCUUAGAUUAAGUCUGCAUAGCAAGAUAUGAGAGUAAAGAAAACCUAUUUGUUGAAUAGUGGCAAUAAUUGUUGUCCACUUGUAAGUUGUACUUAAUUGUGUGUCUGGAAGAAAAAGAUAGGAUGUAAUUAAGAUGUACCGUGUGAGGCAAUAUACGCAAGAACUACGACCAUUUCGCAGCUAACAAAAAAAUGGAACAAAAAAUCAACUCUUAUAACAAAUGAUAAUACGUGUGUAUUAAUAUUAUAUGUUAGUACAUGCAGCAGCUAUGUAUAUUUUAAUGUCGUGACGUGUUCAAAGUAUUCGCAAGCGAGGUAUAUAAAUUAAUACUGCGUGAUAUUUAGAAAAAAUCAACGAAGUGGUCGUUAUGUAAGUCGGCUUAAAAUGCACAUAUCCUGCGUUAUCGAAAAAUCGAUUAUUAUUUACUUUAGAACAGAGAUCGUGAGCAAAACUAACGCUAAGCUUACUUUAUUCUAAAUAAUAACGAUUUGUUUUUCAAUACUCUAUCAUUUAAAUCAAAUAUCGCAGUUGAUUUACUUUAUUAGUUUUUACUUCAUUAGUCCAAAAGGGAAAUUAAAGAUUAUUUACUUUGAUUCUUCUUGGAUGAUUUAAAUAAAAUUUUGCUCAGAAUUUCUGUUUUUUGCUAUUCAUUUUUUGUUGCACAACGUUGAACAAUCGAUUAGUCACUAUCAAAAUUAAUUGAGGAUCGUUUCGUUCUAAAAUUUUAACACUGACUAAAGUUUUAUGAAAACAAUUAACCAAAUAUUGAAGUAUAAUAAAAAAAGAAAGAAGUGUGCUUUUCGAUUGAUCUACUGAUUGUAACGGUGAAUGGUGUUGUGGACAGAAGAAAUAGUAUUAUAUUCUCAAGCCAGUCGAAUUACAAAGGUUGCGACUUGAGUCGGUUAAGUUGGCAAACAAAAAUUACUAACAAAAAGUUACAGUAUUGCAUCAAUCGCAGAUGCCGAAUGCGACUCUAAUUACAAAAUACUAUUGACCAAAUAUUAAAAUUUUUUAUCCACAAACUAAUUUUCAUUCGUCAAUUCUAAUUAUUACUGAAUGAAUAUUGUAAUUUAUCAUCAUUACGUACUUGAAUAAUCCGAAAGUAAAGUUUUCACGAAUGUUCUUUGAAUGAUGUGAUAUUACAUAUGAAAUAUAAUAUACUAUCUAUUGGAACGUGAAUUUUAAAGAACAUUCAGCAGUCGUGUUUAUGUUAAAAGAAUAUUAAAUGACGAUUAAUAAAUAGACACAAAUAUGAUUAAAAUUUGUCAAUCUAGAGAUGGAUUCGCUGUUCGCGUUGAUGUGAAAUUUCGAUCCAGAAAAAGUUAUAGUUAUUGCAAUGGACAUUAAAAUGCUGUAGCGUGUAUAAAACAAAAACAAGAAUUAAAACGUCUAUCAAAGCGAUAUAAGUAAUUUAUUAAGAUAAAAAAAUAUACUUAUAAAUAUAGCCAACACGCAUUUAUUCUAGUUCUGUAAGAGAUGCCCCUGUGCAGUGCAGAGAUCUCAGUGUUUACAUACAAUUAUAGUCUAGUGUAUGUAUGAUUUACAAUAGCAAUUAUAAAAUGAAAAAAACUGUUUCAAUCAAGUUAACUUAUAAUUUAUAGCCUGCCCAGAUUAGGUCGAUGGAAAACCCAUAGCCGCGCAAUAUCUCCGCGCUUCAAUUGUUAUCAUUAAUUGUUGCAAUUCAAAAAUUGUUGGCUAUGGAAUUUCCAUUCUAAUAAUGUGAAACAUAUUUGUAUUUUUUAUAAUAUUUAUGUUGUACAUUAUAGAAGCGCGAGCAUUUAUGAGAUUUAAAAGUUUGCACUCGAAUGAGAUUGUGGAUUUUUUGCAUUCAAUUAUUUCGUAUUACCUUAUAAUUACUUUUUAUAUAGGCAAUAGACGAAAAAUAUUAUUUCUGUAUAAUGAUUUCGUUAAAAGAGGGCAACGGCUUUAGUAGAUUACGUUUUUUCUUAAAAAAUUCGUUUUAUAUAAACAAUGUAUAAAAAAAUCUGCAGUGCAAGUCAAGACAACAAAAAUUUAUCACAUAAAUAAACUCGAAGCUUCCGUAAUUGUAAAGAUAAAUGAGGCUGCACUCAUACCGCCGAAUAUCAAUGAAUGUAAAUUACCAAGCAAUACGCGGAAUUCUGCAGUCUAUGAAUCUGGAUGCAUGAUAGUCAUUAUACAAUUAUUCAUUGGAUUGUUCAUAAAUUGUAAACAUUAUUUCUCCAAAUAACCUAAUGGCUAAACUGUAUUAUACAUGGUAAUGUCAGAAUCUAUCCUGAAAUGCAAAUAAAUGUUAUUAUUUAUUGUGUUA